AUGGAAAGUUCUUCAGGAUAUUCUUCAUGGAAACCUGAAGAAAGGGACCCGGAACAUUCAGUGGAACACAACAAAUCUGUCGAUAAAUUUGUGAACAAUGUUGUAAGUUUUGUGUUGUUUAUAUCGUUUUAGGUAAACAUAAGUGUUUUUGUUCAAUUCUGGUUUGUGCUGGUUUUUUUAGGUCAAUAUGUUUUUACCUGGUUUUAGGUAGUUUUUGCUGAAGAAUGUUGAUUCUUGGACUAGUUUUGGCUUUUAAAUUUUACGUAAAUUAACUAGAACGUUAACUUAUGUUUCUAUAUAGCUUAAAAUGUAGAUUUAACUUUUGAUUUAUAAUGUUACCUAAAUUUAGAUGGACGCCUUUUCCAAGGAGCAGUUUACCGUUUUGGAGAACUUUGACGAACGCGACGACACACCUUUGAUGUGGGAAAUUAGAGAAACAUACGUGAACUAUAUCAGAACGCUGAAUCAUGGAGCACCAUUUGGAGAAAACUAGUAAAUUUUUUUUUAUAUUGUUUUAGGUGCAUAUUUGGCAUUAAAGUGGUUUUUUAAGAUUAAAAUUGUUUCUUCUAAUAAGUUAUAGUGAUUUAUAAAUGUAAAAGGCUUGUUUUAAGUAGGGAAAGGGACGUAUCUAUUUUUUGGAGGUAAACCUAUUUUUGUGAAUAAAGUUGUGUUUUUAGGUUUAAAGUUCUUAUUUUCGCUAUUUUUUAUGUAAGAUUUUGGAACUUGAUGUAAAAUAUAGAAUUUUCAUCAUAUUUGAAGAUUAAAAGUAAUUUACUUCGUUUUUAUUUUAGUAUCUUCAAAAAGCCUCCAAUAAAGACCUCUGACACUUCUACGCUCAAGAAUCCGUAUGUGAGUUUUUGACGGUGUAUGUGAAUGUUAGUAGAGCAUUUAAAAUUAUGUUUUGAAAAUUUUAAGAUGCUAUACAGGCUUAACUUGUUUUUGAGUCGCUUAAAAUAUGAAAAUGAGUACUGCAAUAUGCCUAAAAAUUAAAAAACAACUGUUUAUUUUACAUUAACCUAGUUGAACAUUCUUUUUGCUUUAAUAGUUUUUUAUUGAAUAUCUUGAGGGUAUUAAACUUUUGUGGUGAAAAUAUUAUUUAAGUUCAGAAGUAAUAUAUAAAUGUACUUUCAGGCCAUUAACCACAUGACAGACCUGAGGAAGCAGAUGAACAAUUUUCUCUUUGAAAGUCCAUCGAUUCGCCAUUGUUUGAAUUAUGUCAAGAAUAAUUGGACCUUUAAUUAUCCGCCUGAUCACAAGGCAGUGUCGUAUCCAGAAGAUCAUUUGCAAUGGUGCAGUUUCGAACGAAAAGUGGCAUACGAAGCGUUGGUCCAACCAGACUACAAAAUGAUGUUUUUGGUUGUUUUGUGUGGAGAUGAAUGGCCAGAGUUGUACGGUGCAGAGAGAGUGUGUACUUAUAUUCGGGUAGGUUAAUAUUAUGUUUUGGGAAUUGUGGAGUUUGUUUUAAAAUUGGUUGUUGAGCUGAAGAUAUUGUUUUAGUUUUGCGAUUCUAUAAAUAGUUAUAUUGUGUUAGGUUUUUGAAAGUUUCAAAUGUUUAAACACAAAAUACCUGCUUCUAGUUUGGCAACAACACUUCAAUAGAAACUGUGUAUCAGCUGCUGUACAGUUCCAAAAUAUGUCUUCAUUUCCACCGUGUUAUAAUAGCUCCAAACUAUCGUUGGGUUGCUGAUAAAGAUCCACCAAGCGGAGAUUACCAAUAUUAUACGGACAAGAUGUUUGCUCUCCACAGGUAUUACCGAAAGUACAAAAAAGACAACAUAUACCUGUAUAUGUUCCCUCGCUUGCGGUCGAUUUAUACAUCGGAGCAAAAGGAACGGCUGAGGUUGUACAACGUGACUGUGUUGCGGUAAGUGGGGUGGGGUUUGAAAGUUUUUUGAAAUUGAGUUUGUGUUUUGAAAACGAUAGGGUGUUUUGAGAAAUUGUGAUUAUAGCGGUCAAAAAUUAGUUGUUUUGGUUUUUAGGUAACAAAUAAGGUUUUUUAACUAAUUUUACUUUAAAAUUUAAAUUUCAGUUUAACUGACAAUGUUCUCCGUUCUCACAGAUAUCAGCAGGAGUUCCAGUACAUUGAGGACGAUGAAAUGAAGGCUUGUAGCUUGAUUAUGACAAGAACAUUUCUAGAGAAGUUCACUUCACAUUCCUACGCCCAAAUGUUCUACCCUUCUGGAGAGCCUGUACCAACUCACUCUGAUGAGAUUUUGAAAAAAUUUAAAAGUUGA